CGUUUGGUGCAUAGAUUGUAUGUCGCCACUGAAUAUCUGCGAAUACGAAAGGAUGAACAUGAAACUGGUGGCGCUACAGCCUCUGAGAGCAAGACUGAAGCCGAGGAAGCUGCUAUUUCCUCGCCGUGGGAGUUGCGUGCGUCAGGAAUGGGAUGUUUUGUGGACGCUUACUUUUCGGAGGUCCUACUUGCCGGCUGGGCUGCAGCGGAUAUGAAGCCACUUUACAUGGCAGCGGUAGGACCGUCUCCGGUUGUGCCGCGGGUAGUAUCUUGACGCGAGUACGUACUAUGACCACAACGCACGGAGCGCUGUGAUCUUCAGCCAUUUUCUUCGUACAUACAGUCCCCCCGUGAGCAGCUCGCUGCACUGGUUUUGCGAGAAAGCGCGACUUGCGACUGUACAUCGAUACGUCAACCGAAGAAGGCGCACCUAGAAAUCGCUUCGCUCCGCGCGGGGUGGAACGCAAAUUUAGGCCUCGCUUCCCCCGGUUCUUUAUCGAACCAGCGCGCCAGAAAGGCAAAACCAAAUGAAAACUAUCAGCGUUCAUAUUUGUGUUUUUUUCGACAUUGA